AUGAUGGAGCAUUCCCAAAAACAGCCACUCUACGAGGUACAGACAACUCCCUUAGAUAGUGAAGGAGAAGAUGAGCACACCCCCAUAUUUAAUCGAUUCCAAAGCUUGGAGGACCUGGAAACGGAGGACACUUUGCAGAAACUUGAAAGCAUGCAGAACAUCACACUUCCCGCUGACACUAAUGUAUCAGAACGAGGGAAUGAAACAAUCAAUAUCACCCACACCUUCGAGAUCAGGAGUGAUAUAGAUGGCCACAAUCAAGAAGGGCAAGAAUUAGAUGCCGUUUACUUUACUUGCAAAUUUGCCUUCCAUUUUGUGUUUUCUAACUCUAACAAUAAGAUCUGGUGUUUUGCUAAGCUUGGUGUUGACAUCCAGAUUAUUCGGGAUCACACACAAUUUUUGCAUGUUAAGGUCAACUCAGGAGCUUUUCCAGAGGACAUCUUUUGUACUAUCUAUGCCAAGUGUUACAGAACCCCGAGGAGAAUUCUUUCGGAUGAAUUGACACGAAUUUCUCAUCAGAACGUACCAUGGCUCGUAGGAGGAGACUUUAAUGCUAUCUUACAUCCGAAUGAAAACCAAGGCGGAGAUAUGAGAAGAAUUGGAUCCAUGGACGACUUUAAUGAUAUGAUGUUCGACACCGGCUUAAUUGACGCUGGCUUUGAAGGGGAACCAUUUACCUGGACAAACAAUAGAGUUUGGAGGCGAUUGGAUAGGGUUCUCUAUUCCAAGGAGUGGACUGAAAGUUUCAAUACCACUAGAGUUUUACAUCUUCCUAGAAGGCUAUCAGAUCAUCACCCACUCCUCAUCAAUGCCACUAACGUAGAGGACAAAAAGCCUUCUUCAUUCAGAUUUCAAAAUAUGUGGUUGAAACACCAUACCUUCUUAGACACAGUCAAGCAAUCAUGGUGCCUACCAACAGAAGGAUAUGGGAUGUACAAGCUACAACAGAAAAUCUACAGAAUUAAGGUGCUACUCAAAUUAUGGAACAAGGAUACUUCUGGAAACGUCUUCACAACAGUCGAACAGGCAAAACAAAAUGCCACUGAAGCAGAAAAAAGAUUCAAUAUGGACCCCUCCGAGGCCAACCUUAUCGACCUCAAGAGAAGUAAUGCUGCUCUUGUUCAUGCACUCACAUUAAAAUCUGAAUAUUGGAAGCAAAAGAUAUCAGAAGAAUGCACUCGCAUUAUCAGUAGUCUACCAACAGACGAAGAGAUUAGAGAAACUGUAUUCAGCAUAGGUAAGGAAAGCGUAGCAAGCCCGGACGGCUUUUCAUCAGCUUUCUAUCAAGCCUGCUGGGAUUUCAUUGCUAUAGAUAUUUUUGAGGCAGUCAAGGAUUUCUUUCAUGGCACCCCAAUGCCCAGGAGCUUCACAGCCACAACAAUUGUGCUUGUCCCUAAAGUCGAAUCCCCUCAGACUUGGAAUGAUUUUAGACCCAUCUCCUUGUGCAAUGUCACCAAUAAAAUUCUAUCCAAGCUCAUUUACAACAAGCUUCACAACACACUUCCGGACCUUAUCUCCCCUUCUCAAAGCGGCUUCGUUCCAGGAAGACUUAUUGGAGACAACAUUCUUAUGGCUCAAGAGAUGAUUCACCAGCUUGAUCUUAGAUAUAACAAAGGCAACCUGGUCAUCAAACUGGACAUAUCUAAAGCGUAUGACAGAGUUAACUGGAAUUUUCGGUCUUGCAGAAGAUGGGAUUCCCUCAUAGAUUCCUCACUCUUAUCAAGCAUGCCACCCAAAACUGCUGGUUUACUGUGCUUGUCAAUGGAGAAACGACAGGAUUCUUCAAAUCAUCCCAAGGUUUAA